AAACAAAGAACAUAACCUCAAUCCAGCCUUCCCUAACCUAAAAAACAUGACCGCUCGUGAAAAGAUGCCUGAGGAAAACAAAGUUUUGGAGGGAUUUGUGAGCAUCAUAAUCACAGUGCUUAAUGGAGAAAAAUGGGUUGAUUCUUGCAUGAAAUCCAUCCUUGAGCAAGAAGGUGAUUGCAUCCGAGAAGUGUCUGUUUUCGAUGAUUUCAGCACGGAUAGGACAGUAGACAAGCUUCUGUCCUGGCUCCCUCAAUUCUCUGAAAAAUCUAUAAAACUUAUAGUGACAAAUAAUAGUUUUAAAAGCCCCAGAGGCGUGGGAUUUGGUAGAAACAGAGCUAUAGAAGCAUCUUCUGGAGAAUAUCUCUGCUUCCUGGACAUUGACGAUGAGAUGACCCCCUGCAGAUGCGCUAAGCAGAUAGAGGCGGCAAGAAUGAACCCUCAAGCGAUCGUUGGAGGGAAAUUUUUCAGAAGUCCUCCUGGUUCCACAGAGAGAUUUACAAAAUGGGCUAAUGAAAUACCUCAAGAUAUGUUAAAAGUCCAAAUUUACACUUCCCAUGGGCCAACUGUGGUCAUGCCAACGUGGUUCUUCCACAGAAGUGUGUUUCAGGCUGUGGGAGGAUUUUCAGAAGAUGGGAAAGGCACUCCUGAAGACUUGAUCUUCUUCUAUAAACACUUGGAUCUGGGAGGGGAUGUUAUUAGAGUAGAUGACAUUGUCCUAAACUACAGAUACCAUGAAGAAGCCACGACUUUCUCAAUCCAUUGGGAAACCAUCUGGAAGCUCAGGAUGAAUCAUUUGAUGGACAAUGUGUUGACCAAAUAUCCAUGGAAUUCUGGUUUUACGAUUUGGAAUGCUGGUAAGCAAGGGAAACGCUUUUACAGUGAUCUUCCUGAAUCUCUUAAGAAGCUGGUCAGAUGCUUCUGUGAUGUUGACAGCAAGAAGAUUGGUAGGUGCUAUCAAUCUUACGAUCCUGUGAUGAGGAAAGGUGGACCAAAAAUUCCAAUAAUCGACUUCAGGGAAGCUAAAUCGCCGAUUGUUGUUUGCAUGAAAAUUGACCUCACUGAUGGUGUUUUUGAAGCCAACAUUAAAAGUCUGAAUCUCAUGGAAGGAAUUGAUUACAUUUUAUUCUCAUGAGGGUACAAAAAAAAAACCAAAAAUAAGAAUGUUCUGCAUCAAGAACCUGCGUGCCAACUGUUAAAAAUAAUUAAAUCAUAAAAAAUAAAAAUAAAGAUUCCUUGAGAGAUUGAAGGAGGUAACUGAAAACUUCCUCCGCAAUUGACUGAA